GUGUCAUGUUUGGGAAGAUAAUUAAGACAGAUGUAAUUGCAUUAUAACAAACGUUAUGGUUUAAAGUCGUUCUUUUUAUAUAAGAUUGAAUUUUUAUUACAAUACCAUGUUAAAUUAAUGAAAUUGACAUGCUCGUUUUUGGACGAACUAUCAAAGAAUUAUAGAGUCUGAAACAAGUGUUUGAGAAAAUAAGGAUCACUGUCGUGUUGUUUUAGCUAUCUGCCUGAAAAAUAUGUGCCGAGUUUCACUCUUCGUAACAUUCUCAGUUUGGCUUCUUAUUACAUACACAGACGCAAACGUUGUGAUUCAGAAACCGGACAGUUCAAGUAAUGAACAUGCUUGCUCAUGUGGUAGAAGUCUAACGUUAACUUGUAUGUUUGAAGAGCACAAAUUUGCUGUGGCAUGGAUGAAUGCAAACGAUAUUACACCAAUUGCACAAUGUGUACAAAGAUCAUGCGAUUUAAACCCCGUUUAUUUAGGACAGUAUACGUUUUCCUUUGAUGUGGACCGAAACGUUUUCAAUUUGACAAUAAUAAAAGUGACAAAGAAAGACAAUGGAAGAAAAUUGGUGUGUUCUGACGGAUCAAAUAUCGAUUCUAUAAUUUUAAGAGUCAUAGAUCAUGAGCCUCAGCUUUUUGAAGAUAUAUGGCACGGGACUAUAAUGGCGACAUCUGGAUGUGUCUCUCAAAACAGUAAUGUUACCUUUAAAUGGAUUGUAGUAGAUAUCGAUAGUAAAUUGGAAAAGGAAAUACAACCGCAAAUCCUCGACGCAAACAUGACAAAUUGUUUGAAUAAUUCUGAUUGCACUCGUUCUGACAAAGUUCAGUACACAGAGGUAAUUUACGCUAGAGCCAGUAAUAAUGGAAAUUGCUAUGUGAAAAUCGCAGCCUUGUACGGGAAUGAACGUAAAGAGACAUCAAAUACUGCGGUGAAAUACGUAUUUGAAGAACAGGAUGAUAAAAAUUCAAAUGGUCCUAACAGUGCAAUCAUCUCAGGAGCGGUUAUUGGCGUUAUUACAGUGAUUGUGUGUGCUACACUCUUUUGUUUAUACAAAAGACAUAAAACAAAGAAAAAAGAAAAAACGGAAAGAGAAACAAAUGAUGUAAAGAAAGACCAGUCUGCUGUACCGCUAAAAGUCGUUGAUCCUUAUUCGGAUGAAGGUGUGCAUGAAAAUGAUGAGAAGACCUCAUAGCUGAAAAAACUUACUUAAAUUAUGCACGUAUAUAUUUGUUAUAUUAAAUAGUGUUCACUUU